CUUAAUUUUUAUGUAGGUUUCUCUGAAUUCCAAAAUAUAUACCUUUUGAAGUAACCAACAAUCCAUUUGUUCAGAACUAUUAUUGACAAGAAUUACAAGAUUAUGUUAUAAAAGAAUAAAUUUAAUUUGAAAGAUGGAGACAUUACCAGGUGUGACAGAGAUGAUACAGGUCUGGUUGGAGAAAGUUUUUGGAGGAGAUUCUGUACCGUCAUAUGAACUGAAUAAAAGGACUAUAGACACAUUGUAUAAAUUGAUGAAACUAAAUGAAAAUAAAGACAGAGAUACAUCAUUAGUUAUUGAUGAUCUUAGACAGAAAACAGAGGAAUACAACAGUGAAGCAAGAAGACUGGAAAAUCUUUUGAAAAAAAUUAAUCUACCUGUGGCAAAUCUGUCUCAGUCUGGUAUAAUGAGUUUACGUACAUUAGCAAAUGUUGCAUUAUUGAUGCAAACUAAGGAUGUUUCUGAAACCAGUUAUUUAUUGGCACUUCAACAUCUUCAUGAUGAAUUGUAUAAAACUUCAGAGGAAUUAAAACGUGAAGAAAGAAUCACACAGACCCUUAUAGAAAAAACAAAAUCAGCUAUUCAUAAAUAUAACUCUCUGAAAAAAGCUGCAGAAGACUUGCAGGAACAAAAAUCUAAACAGCUUCCAGAAAUGGAAAAAAGAGCGAAAGAAUCAGGUUUUCUUUACAAUAAAGCUAAAGAAUAUAAAGAAAAAAUAAUUCAGUUUCAAAACGAAUUGGUGAAAAGUAAAGCUGAUCCCUCUAUAUAUCAUGGAUCAUUAAUAAAAACUUCAGAGGAACUCCAGGCAUUGAAGAAUCAGUUAGAUCCCCUGAAAUCUAAAUUGCAAACAUACCAUAGUCUACCACCAGAUAUAUCUCUAACUAAAGUAAAAAUAGAGGAACUCAAACAGGAGCUUGCCAGAUUAGAAUCAGAACUUUCUAGAAGAAUUGACUUGAUGCACAUGUAAAGGAGAAUGAAGUAAAAUGUUAAUUCAUAAAUCAACAAAAGCAUUUUUUCCAGGGGGAAGGGGGGUUCCAAUAGAAAUUUUCAACCAAAUGGACACUACAUGUAUUUUUUUCUGAUGUAACCUGUUUCCAGAUUGAAAGUAAACAGUAUUUCGUAAAUGUAAUUUUAUGUAUAUAAUUAAAAAUUCAAGAUUGGA